UCAUGUAGCCUCCCAUUGGUGCUUGCAAGCAUUGUUACCAAGCAACAGAUGUAACCUUAGCUGUAUAGCAGAGUAAACAAGCAGCAUAGCUACCAAGUCUCCCUUUGUCUGGGUCAGUUUGUUCAGUAACUCCACAAACCCCACCACAGAAGCUUCCAAUACAGGAUUGUUUUCUUACAGAGUUGAGUGAAAGAGAGCUAAAAAUGCCAUCUCAUGUUAUGCUCUCCUACCAGUGGGAUGACCAGGCUCUGGUGAAAAAGAUAUACAACCGCCUUAAAGAGGAUGGUCUGCCAGUGUGGAUGGAUAUCGAAGGAGGGGUGACAGGGAACAUAAACGACUCGAUGGCUGCAGGUGUGGAGGAGGCUUGUGUGAUUUGUCCGUUCAUGACUCCAGCUUACCAGGCGUCCCGCAGCUGUAAGAAAGAGCUCAACUAUGCAGACAGCAGGGAGGUCAUGAUCGUGCCGGUGAUGCUGGCCAACGACUGGGAGGCCAGUGAGUGGCUGGGGCUGAUCACUGCAGGCCUGCUGUGGGUGGACUUCAGAAAUGCAGAGAAUGAUGAGGAGCACUUUGAGAUGUGUCUCAGGUCUCUGGAGGAGGAGAUCGUGUUUAACGCCGGUCACCUCCUGGAAGUUGAAGAACCUGCAAGAGAGGAGGUGGAUCUGCCAGAACCAUCAAAACCCCGUCUGAAGAAGAAACCAGGACGAGGGUUUCGCCAUGCGCUCUCAGACCUCUACAUCCAUGACUUAGGUGAGCAAGAUGAGCAGCCAACCGGUGACACCAGAAACACAGUGGAGCUCAAUGAGACACUUGGAGAUCAAUGUUACUGGGUGGAGAUUAAGGGUGACGGCUGUAAGUACUACAGGAACGCGGUCACCGACAGAUACCUGGGGUUUGACCCCAGCAGUGAGCAGGUCCUCUCUGCGGCCAGUCCGUCUGUGUCUGAAGAGUGGCUGCUGUUGGUGGAUCAGACGGACCAGAGCUAUCAGAGAGCCGUCGUCAUCAAGAACAAACACUCGGGGAGGUUCCUGGCAGUCCAAAAUGGCCACUUCAUUGGACUAAUGUCGUACAAUGAAGACUGCAAAUGGUUUUUAGAAUAAAACGAGACAAUUUAACUGCAUUUCAGAAUGUGGUUGCUUCUGUCAAAGACACAUUAGUUCUAAUAAAAAAAAAAA